CCUCCUCGUGACGGAGAGCUCCAUGGUGUGGACUACAACUUCCUGUCUGUGGAGGACUUCCUGGAGCUAGAGCGGAGCGGAGGACUGCUAGAGAUAUGAACGCAUGACGGUAACUAUUAUGGGACACCCAAGCCACCCAUCCAGCCUUUCAGUAGGACAGUGAUUACCUAUGAUGCUUUGUGACACAGUUGCACUGGUUCCCAGAAGUGCUGCAAUCGCGUGAAGCAUGCAGGAGUAGAGCAGACAGCGCUGCAGGAGGAUGCAGACAUGAACAACACGUUUACAGAGUUCUUAGCUCGUAGUCUCUUCCCCUCUCCCCUGCUGUGCACAGGAGACUCUAGCCGGCCGGAGGUGCGAGACAAUGCCCCCAGCUAUGUGCUGAACAACAUGGCCACCUCGCCGCCGGGCCUUCCUCCGGACCAGGACCCGCUCGGAGCGCUGCCGGACAACUGGGAGACCGCCUACACCGAGAGUGGAGAGAUUUACUUCAUCGACCACAACACAAAGACCACCUCGUGGAUGGACCCUCGAUGUCAGGACAAACAGCCCAAACCUCUGGAGGACUGUGAUGACGAUGAAGAGGGUGUACAUACAGAAGAGCUGGACAAUGAUCUUGGUACGUCUCUCCUCUCGCCUGUGCAAGAACUGCCUCCUGGCUGGGAGAAGAUCGACGACCCGGUGUAUGGAGUCUAUUAUGUAGAUCACAUUAACCGUAAGACGCAGUACGAGAACCCGGUUCUGGAGGCCCGGCGGCAGAAACAGCUGGACACACAGCAGCCGCCGGAGGACGGACGCUACAUCAGAGAAUGGAUAGAGGAGCACUCGUCUGCCGGCGCUGCAAUCAGCUCUUAUGUGCCCAGUCAUCUGGAGACAUACAGAGACCCUCAGAGCAGUCCGUCGGCCCCUCAGGGCCCGGGCCCCAGGCGAGGAAAGCCGUUCUUUACCCGUAAUCCAGCCGAACUCAAGGGCUCCUUCAUAAGCACUAAGCUGCUGAAGAGCCGGCGAGGCUUCGGCUUCACUGUGGUCGGCGGCGAUGAACCGGACGAGUUCCUGCAGAUCAAGAGUCUGGUGCUGGACGGACCGGCCGCUGUGGACGGAAAGAUGGAAACAGGCGACGUCAUCGUCAGCGUGAACGACACGAUCGUGCUGGGAUACACUCACGCUCAGGUGGUGAAGAUAUUCCAGUCCAUCCCCAUCGGCUCCAUGGUCCAGCUGGAGCUGUGCCGCGGCUACCCUCUGCCCUUCGACCCCGACGACCCCAACACCAGCCUGGUGACCUCAGUGGCCAUCCUGGACAAAGAGCCCAUCAUAGUGAACAGUCAGGAGGGCUUCGAGCCCAUGCCCGGCGGCGGCGGUGCUGGGGCCCCUGAGCCCGUCUCGUUCGGCCCCGCCGCGGACAGCGCUCUGAUGGGCCCGGCUUACGCCAGCGACGUGGUGACACUGGCAUCCUCCAUAGCCACGCAGCCCGAGCUGAUCACAGUCCACAUCGAGAAGGGCGACAAGGGCUUGGGCUUCACCAUCGCAGACAGUCUGGCUGGUGGAGGGCAGAAGGUGAAGCAGGUGGUGGAUUACCCACAAUGCCGAGGGCUGAAGGAGGGCGACAUCCUGCUAGAGGUCAACAAGAGGAGCGUGCAGGCCAUGAGCCACAACCAGAUCGUGGAUCUCCUCAGCAAAUGUCCACGAGGGAGUGAAGUCACUCUGCUGGUGCAAAGAGGAGUCCUGCAGCCCAAGAGAAGCCCCAAAGUGCUGCAGUUGGAAAGGAAGGACAGUCAGGGCAGCUCUCAGCACAGCAUAUGCAGUCACCGCAGCACACACACCAACUCGCCCGGCCGACCACAGCCCAUCGUGCCCACUGACACCCUGGGGGGCCCUCCGCCAGUGCCACCUCCUCCCACCCAGCCGCUGCCCGUCCUGCCCGCCUUUGACACCUCUGCAGCCAAUGGGACGCUCCAGAAGAAACCAGACCCCUUCAAGAUCUGGGCGCAGUCCAGGAGCAUGUACGAGAGCCGGGGUGAGUAGCCUGGCUUCAUUCACUCGUCUUACUGCUGGCCCUGUUUUUGUUUAAGCAAGCAACUACUGUAACGUGACAUGUUAGCACGCUCUUCUCUCGCAUGGAUAUGUUACAGCUACACACUUCAAUUCAGUUCGAUUUAUCUUAAGAUCCAGGUUUCUUUGCCAGUAGAACUUAUUGUUUAUCAUAUUCAUCAUUUUGAACUAGAAGCUGAUAGUGUACAGUCAGAUU